GCUUCUGUGGCAUACAAAGAGCGGACACUUAGCAGAAAAUUAAGGCUAUUCUCAUCAAAGGCAUUACUAGAAGAAAAAUGGAGAGCAAAGGGAGUUGGACGGUGGCUGAUGCCGUAGACUACAACGGCCUACCGGCCGAUAAAUCCAAAACCGGUGGCUGGAUCACCGCAGCUUUCAUUCUUGGGAUAGAAGUUGUGGAGAGGCUAUCAACAAUGGGAAUAGCAGUGAAUUUGGUAACAUACCUGAUGGAGACAAUGCAUCUCCCAAGCUCAAACUCUGCCAACAUUGUCACUGACUUUAUGGGCACUUCCUUCCUCCUCUGCUUACUCGGCGGGUUUCUAGCUGACUCCUUCCUCGGCCGUUUCAAAACCAUCGCUAUUUUCUCAACAAUUCAAGCUUUGGGAACCGGUGCACUAGCGGUGGCAACAAAGCUUCCAGAACUGCGUCCGCCAACAUGCCACCACGGUGAAACCUGUACGACCGCCACUGCUUUCCAAAUGACAUUUCUCUACAUUGCACUUUACCUUAUAGCCCUUGGAACUGGUGGCCUUAAGUCUAGCAUCUCCGGCUUUGGGUCUGACCAAUUUGAUGACAAGGAUCCUAAAGAAAAAGCUCAGAUGGCUUUCUUCUUCAACAGAUUCUUCUUCAUCAUUAGCAUGGGGACAUUAAUGGCUGUGACUGUUUUGGUUUACAUACAAGAUGAAGUGGGAAGAUCAUGGGCUUAUGGAAUCUGCACUGUAUCUAUGGCUAUAGCUAUUGCAGUUUUCUUGUCUGGAACUAAGAGUUACCGUUAUAAGAAGAGCCAAGGAAGUCCCGUUGUGCAAAUUUUUCAAAUAAUUGCAGCUUCGAUUAGGAAGAGAAAAACGGAACUGCCUCAAAGCAUUGUCUAUCUUUAUGAAGAUACUCCCGAGGGCUUGAGAAUUGAACAUACUGAUCAGUUUCGCAUGUUGGACAAGGCGGCCGUAGUUACCGAAGGAGAUUUUGAACAAACUCUAGAUGGCAUCGCAAUUCCGAACCCUUGGAAGCUAAGCUCGGUGACCAAAGUUGAGGAAGUGAAAAUGAUGGUUAGGCUUUUGCCUAUUUGGGCAACCACUAUAAUUUUCUGGACAACAUAUGCCCAAAUGAUUACAUUCUCAGUUGAGCAAGCUUCAACCAUGAGACGCAACGUUGGAAACUUCCAGAUCCCAGCAGGUUCUCUCACCGUGUUUUUCGUUGCGGCUAUUCUUAUAACUUUGGCUUUCUACGACCGUGUCAUCAUGCCUUUUUGGAAGAAAUGGAAAGGAAAACCAGGAUUCUCUAGCCUGCAGAGAAUGGCUAUUGGAUUAGUCUUAUCAACCGUUGGAAUGGCAGCUGCAGCCAUAGUUGAGCAAAAGCGUCUAUUAGUGGCGAAAUCUAGUACACAGAAAAUAUUGCCCAUAAGUGUUUUCCAACUCGUUCCACAAUUCUUCCUAGUAGGAUCUGGGGAAGCCUUUAUAUACACUGGCCAACUUGAUUUCUUCAUAACCCAAUCGCCCAAGGGAAUGAAAACAAUGAGCACUGGACUUUUCUUGACUACUUUGUCACUAGGCUUCUUCGUCAGCAGUUUCUUGGUUUCAAUCGUCAAAAAGGUCACUGCAACUUCUGUAAAUGGAGGAUGGUUGGCUGAUAACAUCAACCAUGGCCGGCUCGAUCUCUUUUAUUGGCUUUUAGUCAUUCUCAGUGGAAUCAACUUUGUUGUUUAUCUCAUAUGUGCCUUAUGGUUCAAGCCAACAAAGGGUAAAGACUCGGAGGAGAUGGAAAAGGGUAAGGGUUUUUCAGUUGAAGACUGUUAGUUUUCUUUUUCAGUCACGUUUCUAGUGUAGCCCUGUUCGGGAAGAUGUCGACGCAGCGAUAAGUUACUAAAAAUUUAACGCUCACGACGGCAAAUUAAAAAGCCGAGAAUUGAAAAGUGACGCUGCGAUACGAUGAUGUUGCUACAGCUGAAAAAAACAGCGAUCACCGAAAUAGCUUCCGACAUACUCUUCACAUACUUAAGCCUCAAAUUACUUAAUAUUAAAGAUUUUUUGUACUCUUGAUCGCUGACGCAGCGAUCUGUUUCCGAACAGGCUUGUAGCAUAUUAUCAUGCAACAAAGUCGCUUCCCAUCAGGUUUCUUGUAUUCCAAGUAACUGGGCCAUGUGACCUGUGUCUAAAUUCCUACUUGUCAAAAUUGUUGUGCCUUCACUAGUUACGUUUGUAACCUUUGUCACCUUUUCUCUUCUUGUUUGGUAUCCAACCGAGUGAAAAGAGAAAAUAGUUUUAAUUAAGCUCAUAUACGCAUUACUCGUUUUUUA